UAAACAUUAUAUACAAAAGCUUAACAAUUUUGCAAAAAGCUGUCAAAUUACAUACAACAAAUCUCUCCUCACCGUCCAGGAAAUCAGCAAACAUCACAAAUCCUGCAACCACAAAAGAUUUCAAAAAUUUUUUAGCUUCAUAUUUGGAUUCAUGCCCAGUAUGUGGUCUUCCAUUUGUGAUUUGGAUGACUCAAGAACCACAUUUGGCGUCAAAGUUCGACUGGUCCGCUCCUAUGGAAAUCCUUCAUUUACAAACAAAGAAGAAAUCGUUAGUUGGGAAUGCAUUCUUCAUGAUUUUCAAGGAGAUAGAAUUGAGGCUACCAUUCCCAAGAAUCUCAUUGCCACCUUCAAAGAUCAAUUGGUGGAAGGAUUGGUGUAUGGAAUAAAAAAUUUCAAGGUCGUGCACAACACAAAGAAGAACAAGCUUACUACACACAAGUACAAGAUCAUACUAUGUGAAGACACAAAGAUACAUGAACUAUUUGUUCAGAAUUUUCCAAUGAAAAGAUUUUCAUUCAAAUCAUUUGAGGAGGUUCAAGUAAAAGAUAACUUAUACAAUGGCUCAUUAUUUGAUAUCAUUGGAGUGUUGGUGCAUCCAGGGGAAGUACAAAUUCGGACAUCAUCUACUGGAGAACAAAAAAAACUAAUCGAGCUCACUCUUGAAGACACCGAGAGGAGAAGACUCUAUUGCACUCUAUGGGAGAAUUACGUGGAUGACUUCUUGAAAUUAUUUGAAAAAGAAAAUCAAGAUACUAAUAUUCUCAUUGUGCAAUUUUGCAAGACAAGUAUCUAUAGAGGUGAAAUUAGAGCAUGUAAUGCUUUCAAUGUCACCAACUUGCUGUUGAAUGCAGAUGUGCCUGAAAUCAAUGAUUUCAGGGAGAGGCUUGUGAAAGAAUCCAGUUUAAAUACUACUAAUAAUAGUAGUAUCUCACAAGGAGCAAAAUGCACUUUAAGCAAUGAUGAUCUCUUUGAAGGAAUGAGCAACCUUAAGACAAUUGAGGAUAUAUUAUUUGAUGAUGAGUCAGGAUGCUCUUGGAUUAUUGGUACUAUUGAUCGCAUAGAUUGGGAUUAUGGUUGGUCCUAUCUUUCUUGCAAGAGAUGUAUGAAGAAAAUGAUCAAAGAUGAACGUCAAUUCUAUUGUAAACAUUGCAGUGCACAUUAUGAAUCAGCCACUCUUAGGUACAAAAUUAAGGUUCAUGUGAAGGACGAUACUGGUAGAGCACAAUUUCUGCUCUAGGAUAGAGAGUGCAAGCAAGUUAUAGGAAAGGCUGCUGCAGACUUAGAAGUUAAUUCAGAGGGAGAAAAUGUGGAUGACUUUCCUAAUGAAAUCCCCAAAGCUUUGUUGGACCACAAGUUUUUGUUCAAGAUCCAACCGAAGUCUCAAGAAUGUACACCUUUUCAUCGUGAUGGUUAUAGCGUGUCCAAAAUUACAGAUGAUGAAACAAUUAUAUCAACCUAUUCUACAAGUGGCUUAGAUAGUCAGGAGUCUAAUUGCGUUUCAAAGAUUGAAGGCUCCAAUUUAGUGAAAGAUAAGGUUGAAGAUGAGACUCCAACAGAGACUCCAUCAAGUAAGGAGGUUGGAGAUGAAUGGUGUGAUGAUGGGCAAGUAAAGAGGUCACUGGAUGAUGCAUUUUUUGCAACUAAAUUACAAAAGAAGCGAAACAUCAAGAUUAAGACAGAGAAAAUCUAGAUUGUUAUUUUAAGAUCUUCAAAUUAUUUUUGUCUGUGGGAGAACUUGGCCUAAUUAGUUCAUAUUUUUGGUAACUAUUUUGUUAGCAAGGGCAUACAUCUAUGUUAUUUGCUCUUACAUUUUGUCAUUCAGUCGAAUAUGAUGACUACUAAAUUUGGUAAUGCAUUUAUGCAAUUAUGGAAAUUUUCAAUUAAGUAACUUA